AUGUUCAGGCAUGUGAGUGGAAACAUGGUGGGGUUUGCAUCAACUCCCAAUCUUCGAGACUCUUUGAAACACCGAGUUCCAGAGUCAACUGCCAUGGGUUACAAUAAAGGAGGUGAAUCAUCUAUGGGAAUAAACCAGGGCCUGGGGCAGGCGGCACAAAACAGCAGAGAGCAGUAUGAUGAGGCUUUUGAUUUUACAGGAAACCGGUUGCAGCAGCCUGCCAGGAACAGAUACAGCCAUUCAAAAGAGCCUUCAGGAUCCACUACUUACAAUGUGCUCGAGUAUUACUGCAAUGGGGACGAGGAUGGCGACGUUGGCGGAGAUGCCGGUAAGGUUCCGAGCCGGGGGAGCAAGGUGGACUUGCUGGAUUCGGCAAACGGGCAAGAGGUUGCAGCUGAGAUGCCGGAAAAACAGCAUAAGCAGAUUUCCAAGGAUAACAAGUACGGCGAGGAUACAAUGGUAUAUUCGGGUACAGAUGAGCCGUUCACGUUCAUUUCUGCGGAGAACAUGAGCUCUGUGGAUAGCUCGAGCGGCGGAACGGUGCCGAAACGGGCGAAAACCCGUCAUAUCACAAAGAAGGAGUCGUACGCCUCGCUUCAGAAGUCAAGAAGCUCGUUUGAGCUUGUAAGGAGCGAAAUGAACAAGUCUAUGGUGGCAGAGGAGGGUGAGGGGCAUGGUCACGUGGGCAGAAAGCCGCUGAUGAUGAACCUGGUGCGUGGAACAUCGAAAAACAGGAUUUUGCAGAGUAAACAGGACCGGUACGGAUUUAAGAAGACAAGCACGUUUGUAAGCGAGGAGGAGUACAACGGGUGGUGGAAGAAAUACUCGAAGUAUCUAAUCCGGCGGAAACGCAAGUGGGAGAAGAUGAUGGCGAGAAAUGGGCUUGCUGUGGACCAAUCAGGUGCACCGAAGCGAUUUCCUCCUAGAUCGAGCAAUUUGGCCCGGUUUGUGCACAAGGGAAUUCCCGCGGAGUGGAGGGGAGUGGCGUGGUUUUACUUUGCGAGGGGGAACGAGAAGCUGAGGCAGAACCAGGGCGUGUACGAUCGACUCGUCGACCAGACAAUCGACAUCAUAAACGACGACACUGAGGCCAUCGAGAAGGACUUGCACCGGACAUUUCCCGAAAACGUUCAUUUUAAGAACAUCCAGAAGGUGGAUCCGGCGACUGGGGAGCACACAGAGGAGGAGAGCGUGCUGUUGCAAACUUUGCGGCGUGUUCUCAAGUGCUUUGCGAGGUAUAAGCCGUCGAUCGGCUACUGCCAAUCGCUAAACUUCAUUGCCGGGCUGUUGCUCAUGUUCAUGGAUGAGGAGAAGGCGUUCUGGAUGCUGGUUAUCAUUUCGGAGCGGUAUCUUCCGGGAAUCCACGACUUGAACUUGGAGGGAGUCAACGUACACCAGGGUGUACUUAUGCUCUGCUUGAGGCAGUACUUGCCGGAAAUAUGGCGGCUGAUUGUGGACACCAGCGACGGCAAGUGCCAGGAGGGCUCCAACUCGUUCCUAUACGAUCUCCCGACACUCUCCUUCUGCACCACCAGCUGGUUCAUGAGCAUAUUCAUCGGAGUUCUCCCCAUUGAGACUACUCUCCGGGUAUGGGACUGCCUGUUUUACGACAGCUCUCGCACCAUCUUCCAGAUUGCUCUCACCAUUUUCAAGCUGAUGCAACCUGAGUUGAAGAAAAUCGUCCAACGUACAUCCCACGGUGACACAGACGUUCUGUCCUCGGAACUUUUCAGAACCAUUCAGAACUUCCCGAAGAAGAUUCUCGAUGCCAACACGCUCAUGGCCGAAUGCUUCACAGACUCUCGGUUUGGCGGCUUAACCCAGAAGGAGGUCCUGAAAUGCAAGCAGUACGUCAUUGACAGCAGGAGCAGGUACCGUUCGCUGGUAGUCAAGCGGUCUGCAAUGGGUUUAAAGGAGGAAGACAGACGUGAGCUGAUGGAGAACUCGGAGAAGCUCGAGAGCGAUAAGAUCGGGUUGAAGACUCUCAAUUGGAACGGUAGGCUCAACCACCGGAUGAGGAAACUUCACCAUCGGCACAGGUAG